GCGCGAAACGAUGGAGCGUAGCGGAGGUCGCCAGCAGAGGGCGACGACGAGUGAACUGCCUAAACUAAAGCGCCAUGACGAAGAAGAAAGCCCGGAAAAAGACAAGAGCGACAAGUUUGGAACCGAGGACGAUGACCGCCGCUAUGGCGACGAAGGUGUUCCGCAGCCCGGCUCGACACGGCUACGCGGUGGAGGCGUCGCCCUUCUUCCCUGGCAGGCUGGCGUGCGCCACCUCUCAGCACUACGGCAUAGCAGGUGGCGGCUCACUUUUGGUUCUGGAUGAAACGCCGGCCGGACUGCGCCUCGUUCGAAGCUGGGAGUGGAGCGACGGCUUGUUCGACGUGUCGUGGAGCGAGGCCAACGAGCACGUGUUGGUGGCGGCCGGUGGCGACGGGAGCCUGCAACUGUGGGACGUUCAUCACGGCGCCCCAAUCGGGCUGGCCAAGGGGCACGCGCAAGAGGUCUACGCGGUGGACUGGAGUCAGACGAGAGGCGACGACGCCAUCGUGUCGGGAUCGUGGGACCGCACCGCCAAAGUAUGGGACCCCAUCCUUGGCCAAUCGCUGAGCACUUUCACAGGUCACCAGGGCGUCAUCUACAGCACCAUUUGGUCCCCUCACAUCUCGGCGUGCUUUGCUUCAUGCUCAGGUGACGGGACACUACGAGUGUGGGACGUCAAGGCCGGUGCAUGCCGAUUGGCGGUCCCGGCGCACGACGGCGAGGUCCUGAGCUGCGAUUGGUGCAAAUACGAUCAGAAUAUCAUGGCGAGCGGCUCGGUGGAUGGCAGCGUGCGCGUUUGGGACCUGAGGAACCCCAGACGGCCCGUCAAUCAAAUGAGAGGCCACACCUCCGCCGUCCGUCGAGUCAAGUUUUCUCCUUUUAGCGGCAACACGUUGGCGUCCUGCUCGUACGACUUCACCGUCAGGUUCUGGGACCGGACAAGGGACGGCGCCCCAGUGGACACCGUGGAACAUCACUCGGAGUUUGUGUGCGGAUUGGACUUCAGCCUGCACGUACCCGGCCAGGUGCUCGACUGCGCCUGGGACGAGACGGUCAAGAUCUACACACCGCCGAGUUUGUCUGCCGGCGCGGCGCGCCUGUGAAAAGGUCACGCCCCCGAUGACACCCCGACGCUGCUGUGUCAUUGAGUCCCAGCGGGUCUUGCAACGCUGAGGGAGCCCAAGGCGGCAGCGGUGGGUGAGAAAGGCAAACGGAUGGCACACGUCCAGCUCCCCGACUGUUAGCGGACUCGACUGAUGGAAGCUUCCGUUUGGGACGGCUCGGUGCUGGCCGAAUGCAGCUUUGGAAUGUUCAUUUGCACAUUGGAGAUGUCCAAACGAGAGCUUCUUCUUCAACUCUUGCGCACAGCGUUAGCGGGCUUGGUGUGUGCGUGUGCAUGCGUGUGUGCGUGCGCGUGCGUCAGGCUCCUAAUGGAAGUGUUUGAUGUUUCUGUUCAAAUGAGCGUCUGCUAAUCUUGGAGCAACAAUAAGCCCCCCCAGUGGGCCUGCUGCUAAUCUACUGGCCGGGUUAAUUGGAAGCCUGCCCCCCACCGUCCCCACCACAUUACCUCAGUGAUUUCCUGAUCAACAUUUUCAAUUAAAACUAUCAAAGGUAA